AUGAGAGGGCGAAAUCAUUUAAAGGCGGUUUUGAGCGAUGAAGAAGUCUACAACGAAGCAGCCAUGGAGGCAUUUCCAGUGUACAACAAGUCUCACAUGAUUUGCCUUGAAAUGCCCAGUAGAGCUGGUGAUGUGAUUGUUUCGUCGUACAGUGAAAUUACUGAGAAUGAGUACCUUGAUCCAAGAAGUGCCCAGGUUGCUAUAGUUGAUCAUGUUAAACAGAUUUGCACAAAAGUACGGCCUGCAAAUGAUGAAGAACUCCCGUCUUCGUAUAUUGAGGAAUACAGAUAUGCUCUUGAUGCUGAAAUCCAGAGAUACGUUAGUGAAUCUUACCCGAAAGGUGUGUCUGCAGUUAACUGUGUGAAGGGGAAAGAUGCUGAUGGUCCAGGGUCUGACUUUGAGCUUGUCGUUAUAAUUACUGCUAUGAAACUAAGUCCGCAGAACUUCUGUAAUGGAAGUUGGAGAUCUGUAUGGAACAUUGAUUUCCAGGAUGAAUCCCAGGUGCUUAACAUAAAAGGGAAACUGCAGGUAGGAGCCCAUUAUUUCGAAGAGGGAAAUGUGGAAUUAGACGCGAAAAAUGAGUUCCAAGACUCGACAAUAUUUCAGUCCGCGGAUGAUUGCGCAAUUGGCAUAGCCAAUAUUAUCCGGCACCAUGAGACAGAAUAUCUUGCAGCUCUAGAGGUAGCGUAUUCGAAGUUGCCCGAUAACACUUUCAAGGAUCUGAGGAGGAAACUUCCGGUAACACGAACUCUUUUCCCAUGGCAAAACACCUUACAGUUUAGUUUAACCAGAGAGGUUGAGAAAGAACUUGGACUUGGCAAGUGA